CUGACUGCACCAGGACUGGGUCUAUUGGACUGCAACAGCAACAGAAGAGUUGUAGACACAUCUACUAGAAGAAAUUCACCUCAGCAAAAGAAAAGCACAAUGAGAGAGUCUAAACCUGCAAGAAAAAUUGUUCUUCUUGGAAAAACAGGAGAUGGCAAAAGCAGCUGUGGAAAUACUAUUCUCAGUGAACAAAUAUUCAAAGCUGAAUCUUCACCUGAGUCUGUUACAGCUGAAUGUAAAACAGGAGUUGCGAUGGUUGGUGGAAGAACAGUCACAGUUAUUGACACACCUGGAAUCUUUGACACGCGUCUUGAGGAGGAAGAGGAAGUCAUCAAAUCUCGGAUCAUUAAAUCCAUUAUUGAAUGCGCUCCAGCUGUUGAUGCCUUAGUCAUCGUUCUAAAAGUUGGAAAGUACACAAGACAAGAAAGAGAGACUCUGGAUAAAAUUGUUGAGUAUUGUGGAGAGGAAACCUUUAAACAUGCAGUGGUUUUAUUCACUCACGGCGAACAGCUAAAAGGUCAAACCAUCGAAGAAUUUGUUCAGAAAAGUACAAAACUACAGGAGCUUGUUGAUAAAUGUGGAGGUCGCUGUCACGUUAUUGACAAUGAACGCUGGAAUGACUGUCAUUUAGGGUACAGGAGCAACAAGGUUCAGGUGAAAAAUCUGCUGGACACCAUCGACAAGAUGGUGGAAGAGAACGGCUGCUACACCAAUGAUCUGAUGUUAAAUGUAGAGGAAGAAAUUCAAGACAAGAUGAAUAGUAUGCUUAUAGUUCAUUUGUCUACAGAAGAGAAACUAGAAGCAGCGAAGAAGAUUGUUCUUGAAAAACAUCUUAUUAGGCUUGCAGGAGUUUCUACAGGGAUACUGAUUGGUGCUUUUCUGGGCAUUGGUGUCGCUGUGGCCUCUGUUGUGGCUUUACUCAAAGCAGUAGGAACAGCAGCAGUAUCUGCAGUGGCAGGAGCAGUGGAGGCAGGAGUAGCAGCAGGAGCAGUAGGAGCAACAGCAGCAGCAGGAGUUGUAGCUGUGGAGGCAGGAGUUGCUGCAGGAACCACAGGAGCAGCAGUCGGAGCAACAGCAGCAGCAGCAGGAACAGUAGCAGUGGAGACAGGAGUUGCUGCAGGCGCCGGCAUUGGAGCAGCAGCUGGUUCAGGAAUCGGUGUAGGUGUGGUAUUUGGAGCUGCAGCUCUUGCAGGAGCGAUCGGAGGAGGAAUCGCAGGAUACAAAGCAGCAAAAGAAGCCGAUUCUGUGCUUGAAGCCAUUAAGAUUUCAGCUAAAGUUAAUUAUGAGAAUGCAAAAGAGGUUGUUAAAAAGGCAGAAAGACUGCCUUCUAACGUUUAUAAGAAGCUUCAAUAG